CUGAAAGGUUCGUGACGAGUUUCCGCUGAAUGCUGCUAGCUUUGCAUGCGGAUCUUCUUUUCAGUUUAACGGAUCCAGGUUGGAUCAAAGUUCCGAGAUUCUCCCGCAGACGGAGUCCAGAGCCGCGGGGCUGCUCACUCGCACCAGAACCGGACUAGAACUACUUAUACCGAUCAGAACCGGCCCGUGUUCCGGUCCCAAAACCCGGGGAGGCUAAGGUCUCCUCGCCGCCGAUGCUAGCGUCUCUUUAACCGUCCAGCCGUUAGGUUCCGUUGGUCAAAACAUGGAGAAGAACAUCAGCCUGUUCGAGCUGCUCAACCUGUCCAUCGGUUCCCCUCACAAAAGUUCGGUGAACUUCAGCGCGCUCCACGCGCUGCUGCUGGAGAUGCUGAAGCUGCUGGACCUGCGGGAAGCCACGACCUGCUUCAAGUUCAGCCCUCCCGGGGACCGAGUGCUCGACGCCCCGCUGGGUGCUCCGGUGAAGGUUCCGACCCACCCCUCCGUGUCGGACCAGCUGGUUCCGCCUGGUUCCGACCUACAGAAACUGACAGACUCGGUCUCUGUUCUGGACGGAACCGGAGGGGACGACUUCCGAACCUCCGGGGACGGAGUGUCACAGGCCUUGAAUCUCAUCGAGGAACUGCAGAAGAACAGAGACGAUAUAAAACAGAAGACGGAGCACCUGCAGUCCAAGGCCUCGAACAUCAUUGAAGACCUGCAGAGGAGCAGUGCAAAUCUGAGGGAGAAGGCAGAGGAGCUGCAGCACAAGGCCUUGAAGGUCAUCGAGCAGCUGCAGGACAGCAAAGAUCUGAAGGAGAAGACCGAUGACAUGCAGCACAAGGGUGCAGCGGAGCAGAUGGAGAUACAGGCAGGCCUGGAGAAGUGCUGCCAACGUCUGGACGUCCUGGACAAGGCAGUGGAAUCCAUGCAGGAACUCUUCCAGAUGUAUCCGGACCCAGAGGAGCUCAACCAGUGUGUGACCUGGGUCCAGUUGGUUCAGAAGGACAUGGAUAUAGAGAAGGACCUGGUGACUUCAGAGGUUCUGGACCAGCCCUGGUUGGAAGAACAGGCUGGACCUGACCCCUCAGCGCCAUCCUCUGGUGUCCCAGUGCCAUCAACUGGUGUACUGGUGCAAUACUCCAGUGCCAAUGAGCCGUCCUCCACUGCCCCUGCGCUGUCCUCUGGUGCCUCUGUGCCGGCCUCUGGUGUUCCAGUUCCAUCCCCAGGUGCCUCUGCACCAUCCUCCCAUCCCUCAGCACCGUCUUCCGGUGCCUCUGCAGCAUCUUCUGGUACCACUGUGUUGUCACCCAGUGCCUCUGCACUGCCUUCUGGUUCCUCUUCACCGUCCUCUGGUGUCUCAGUGUCGUUGUCUGGUGGUCCGCUCCACACAGAUAGCUCCCCCCCGUCUGCUGCUCCAUCUUUUCCAAGCAUAUCUGCAGAGGAUCAGUCCUUGGAAGCAGCAGCAGACUCCACUCAAGCCUCCUCUGAUGGGUCCGAAGGCGGGACGAUCGCCGGGGACCAGGGCAGGGCCACAGAACCACAACCUGUGACCUCAUCUGUCCUUCCAGGGUCCACCCCAGAGACUGUACCACAGCCUGAACCACAACCUGGAGCAAAACCUGAACCACAACCUGGACCACAUCCUGGAACACAACCUGGACCACAACCUGCAGCACAUCCUGGACCACAACCUGGACCACAUCCUGGAACACAACCUGGACCACAACCUGCAGCACAUCCUGGACCACAUCCUGGACCACAAGCUGGACCACAUCCUGGAGAACACCCUGCAGCACAGCCUGGACCACAACCUACAAGGAUUCGUGGGGAUCUGAAGAGACUCUCAGACUCUCCUGAGAGUCGGACCCACAGCAUGCAGAUGGAGGAGUUUUUGAAGAACAUCAGGAAGUUACAAGAGAGGGUCACCCAGCUAGAGGCCCAUACAAGGAUUCUGGAGGAGCAGAAGGUGGACUGGACCGGGUUGGCCCAGUUUAUCAGCUCCAGAGGUUCUCUUGAAGUCCCUGGCAGCAUGAUGGAUCAGGUGCAGCAGCACCAAGCUCUGAUGGAGAACCUGAAGACCGAACACGAGAAGCUGGAGCAUCUGGAGGACAUGAUGGGCAACCUCAUGACCCAGGAGAUGGGCAGCAGCAUAGCAGAUCAUCUUGAUUCAGCGAUUAAAGAUCUCACUCAGCAGGUGUCUGACCUCAGGUCUUCCCUGGUUCAGGUGGAGCAGGAGGUGGAGCUCCUGAAGGAGAAGCAGGCUCAGAGUGAAGAGAGAGCUGCAGACCAUCUACAGGACCAGCUGAACGACCUGCGGGGGACGUUGGAGGACACCAUUGUGUCUCUGACGUCCCAGCUGUCCAGCAGCCUCCAGCAGGAGGUGGAGCAGGAGACAGAGAAGAUGGAGAAGCCGGAGGAGACGGAGGAGGAGGAAGAGGAAGAGGAGGAGGCAUUCAGCGACUCGGUGGAGGUGGGCCGGAAGCUCAGCCUGCUGUUCCAGAACUAUGAGCAGCUGGAAGACACGGUCAACCUGCUGGUCCAGCAGCAGCAGCAGGGCGCAGCUAGGGACGACCUGGACGAGGACCGAGACAUGGGCAGGAGCCUGGACCUGGUGUACGACGUCCAGAGGGCCAUCCAGGAACUGCAGGCCGAGUGCGAGCGCCUGCAGGAGGCAACGAGGAGUCUGCAUGAGGACAACCAGCAGAAGCAGGGACACAUCGAGGAGCUCUACAAGACGGCAGAGGAGCUGCAGGUGAAGAAGGCCGACAAGCUGAUGGUGGAGAGCGAGAUUAAAGCGGACAAGCUGGCCCUGGACAGCAAGGUGAGCCGUCUUCAGUUCGACGCAGCGACGGAGCAGCUGACCUCCAUGUUCCAUGAGCUGCUCAACAAGAUGACGGGUCAGGAGCACGACUGGCACCAGCUGGUGGACAAGCUGUCCACCGACAUGGAGUGCAAGCUGAACCGGAUGGAGUUGGACUCAGUGAAGCUGCAGCUGGAGGAGCGCUGGCGCAGCAUCCUGAAGAAGCUGCAGGCGCAGAGCGCGCCUCUGGAGGAUGACGCCGCCGGCAUCAGGAAGAAGCUGCUGGAGCGGUUCCACUGCCUGUCCUGUGACCGCGUCAUCAUGAAGCAGACCCCCGGCCCCAUCGUGCUGACCCUGCCGACUUUUCCUCCUUUCCCCCCGCCAAAGUCCGCCCGGCCGUGGACCAUGGAGCAGAUCCGCCAGCACUACCACAGCCUGACGCCCGGACCCAGCCAGCGCCGGGUCCAGCUGCAGAAGAACCACGCCGACAUGCUGCAGCAGCUAGACAGCAUCGAGCGCCAGCGCCGCCUCCGCCAGCGCCCCAACCGGGUCACUGAGGCGCCAGCCCGGCAAGCCCGGCCAGUCGGAGGGCCACACGCCAGCACGUCUGCGGGUCAGCGCCGCAGCGGCCCGCAGCACCACCGACUGACGACCCGGGCCGAGGACGAGAUCCUGAUGCAGGUGCGGUGGUAAAUUUAUUUUCCGGUUCGUC